GGAAAUGUGUGCGUGAGGAAGAGGGGGGCCGGGGGUGAUCGAGGGAGGAAGUCCAGCUUGGCAGGGCAGGGCGUAAGCGAGAGAAGAAGAGAACAGCAGUGCAGACUACAUAGGCUUGAGUAAAGACAAAAAAUAGCCAAGGGAGAAGUAGAUGUGAGAAAGACUACAGCAGGGAACACAACAACACACACUGCCUGGGCAUUUAGAGGGGAAUCAUGGCCUCUCUGCUGUUUGGAUCGAUCUGUGUUCUCUGCAUCUUGUCAGCACUCAUGCACACAGCUUCCUCGCAACAGUUAAACACAGUCUACAGGGUAUGUGCACGAGGUUUCUUCCUGAGUGAGCAGGAAACAUGUCUCCCCUGUAACUGUAAAGGCCAUGCUGACAGCUGCGAGGACAUUACUGGGAUAUGCAUUGAAUGUCAGGACCACACUUUUGGAGAUUUCUGUGAUCAAUGUGAAGAUAGAUACUUACCUGGGUUUCAUUCUGAUGGCACCUUUGUGUGUAGACCAUGUGCCUGCCCGCUAUCAUUGGAAUCUAACAACUUUGCAACUCGCUGUGAUAAGAGAGGUAAUUUUCUGAGAUGUGUAUGCCAGGAAGGGUAUGCUGGACACUACUGCGAAAGAUGUGCCCCAGGUUUCUAUGGCAAUCCAAUGGAGUUGGGCAAUUCCUGCAAAAAGUGUGACUGUAAUGGCAACUCUGACCCAAACCUUAUCUUUAAUGAGUGCAAUAAUGUGACGGGCGAGUGUCUGAACUGUUGGGGUAACACCAGUGGUGACAACUGUGAAAGAUGUGCACCGGGUUUCUAUGGAGAUGCCAUCAGUGCCAAAGACUGUCGGGAAUGUCAGUGCGAUAAGUGUGGUACUGCAUCAUGUGAUGACAGGACAGGUGUUUGUCACUGUAAGCCUGGAGUCACAGGUCACCUAUGUGACAGAUGUGAGGAGGGUUAUUCUGGAUUUGGCAGCUGUAUGGGUUGCCGUCGGUGUGAAUGUGCCUCUGCUGCCCUCCGUGCCACCUGUCACCCUCUUACACACAGCUGCCAGUGCCGCCCGGGGGCUGGAGGCCGGUACUGCGAGCGCUGCCUGCCAGGAUUCUGGGAUUACAGCCCAUCCGGCUGCAAGAAAUGUGAUUGUCCAGAAGAGAAUUGUGACAUGCACUCAGGAGAGUGUUUACCUGAGGCCUCGAAAAUCAGCGAGUGUAAUAUCGACUGUGAUGCGUGUAUCUGGAGUCUGAUCGGAGAUAUUCGUCAGUCCAACAAAACUCUGGACCAAGUGAGAAACAGCGUGCUGAACAUUUCUACCGGAGCUGCUGCCAACGACAGAUUAAAGUACUACAACUACACUGCACACAGACUACAGGAUCAGUUUUUAGGCUGGAGAAAUAAGUAUGCAGUGAUGAGAGCAGAUACGGGGCGCCUGGAGGAAGAAACCCAAAAACUGCUUACUGACAUGGAACUGGUCGCAGAAGAGGAGGAAACAGUGCAGUUAUUGGGAGAACGGGUGGAUCAAGACACACUUGAUAGCUCCACACUAGCAACGACACUUAUUGCUAACCUCUCCUCACUCAAUGAUCUCAUUGAAGAUAUGAUCAGGGACUGGGAAUUAUAUGGUGUCUAUCAGGAGUUAGAUCCUCAGGUAAAGCUGCAGAAAAUAGCAGAAGCCGAGCGGAUCUUGGGCUGGAUGAGAAAUCUGGACCUCUCUUCCAAAGAGCCACUUGCUACUGAUGAGUCCUCCGAGGCCCAUGAAUUGCUCCGACGUGUGCGCCAUUUGGAGAAAACUCUGAUGACUACACAGGGGCGUCUGUCACCUAUGCAGGAAGUGGUGGGUCGAUUCACCUCCAGACUCUUUCAAGCUCAGGAUCUCCUCAGCAAAGCUGAAGACACACUGCAACAGGCACUCAACAAAUACAAGACCAACCAGCUCAAACUUCAGAGGAGAGAGGCACAGCAGCAGCGUCUGAAAGACACCUAUGACAGUGUCAAUCAAACUACUGUUACUGCUGGGGUAAUCGUCUCUGAGGCAAACCAGACUGUCCUUGAGAUGGAAGAUAUGAACACGAAUGUGAGAGAACAGCAUGCAGAAAUCGAUGGGGCUCGUGUGUUACUGGAGAGAAAGACAGAGAAGUUGUCUCAGUCGGACAGAGAUCUAGUUCUGAGAGCCGAGGAUCAUGCUGAUGAUCUGCAGAGACACGCUGAAGAACUUCAGUAUAAUCUGAAAGGAAGUGAUGCAAAUGGACAUGUACAGAAAGCCCUGAACGCCUUUACUGUGUAUGACAAUAUUGUUAAAAACAUAGAUGAUGCUAACAUCACUGCCCUGACCGCUCUCAACAUCUCCAGCAGUACUCAUGACGCUACUGAUGUAUUAAACUCUCAACUGAACCUCACGCGCUCUCAGAGUAACGAUAUCUUCACAGAGGCCUCAUCCUUGUACUUUAAGCAGAAAGAUGUUGAAUCCACAGUCCUUGACAAUAAGAAAUACAUUGAAGAGACCAAUGAUAUGAUGGAAAGCUCCUCUAAAAAAAUAGCUAAGAUCAUUAGUGACAUCAAUGCAAUUCAUAAAGAUCGAACUCCGAAACGUCUGCAGUUCACUCAGGAAGUGGCUGAGGGCACUCUGAACCGCUCUGCUGAAGUGUUGCAGAUGGUGACACCCAUCUUAAAGAGAGUGGAGGAGUGGGAUAGCAACAUGAAAAAUGAGGCAUACUCCGCCGUAGCUUUUGAGCGCACUGUUCUGUCUGCCGGCGAGGCAGUUGAAGACCUGUCAGAGAUUGUGCCAGAGCUACUCAGUAAGCUGCGUGUGGUUGAAGAGAAAAAACCUGUGAAUAAUGUCUCCACAAACAUCAUGAAAAUCAGAGAACUCAUCGCACAGGCCCGCAGUGUCGCAAAGAAGGUGCAAGUGUCCAUGAAAUUUAAUGGCCAGUCUUCUGUAGAAGUUCAUCCCCACUCCAACCUAGACGAGCUAAAGACAGUCACGUCCAUCAGUUUCUACAUUAGAGUGGACCCAGACAAAGACCCCAUAGAAGAUCGCUUCCUACUCUACUUGGGAGACAAGCAAGGACGUAAGGACUACAUGGGACUGGCCAUAAAGAACGAUAAUCUGGUGUAUGUGUAUAAUCUGGGAGGAGAGGUUGUAGAGAUUCCUCUCAGUUCAAAGCCAGUGAGCUCCUGGCCGCCUGUCUUCAAUCUUGUUAAAGUGGAGAGGUUGGGUCGGCAUGGUAAACUGUUCCUGACGGUUCCAAGUCAAGACACCACCGCAGAGCAGAAGUUUAUCCAGAAAGGAGAGGCAGAUGGGACAGACUCUUUGUUUGAUCUUGAUCCUAAAGACAAUGUUUUUAUCGUGGGAGGAGUGCCUCCUGAUGUAAAGCUUCCUCCAGCUUUGACUUUGGCUCCUUUUGUUGGUUGCAUUGAAUUAGAGACUUUGAAUAGUGAUGUCAUCAGUUUGUACAACUUUAAGCAACUUCACAAAAUGAAUGUUUUGGAAUCGAUGCCUUGUCCCAGGCAUAAGUUGGCUUUCUCUCAGAGUCGUGUGACAAGUUUUUUGUUUGAUGGCAGCGGCUUUGCUUUAGUCAACAACAUUGAGAGAAGAGGCAAAAUUGGCAUUGUCACUCGGUUUGAUAUCGAAGUUCGAACUGUUGCCAACAAUGGCAUUCUAUUCCUCAUGGUUAAUGAGGCAAAUUUUUUCAUACUGGAGCUGAAAAAUGGGUUUCUCCGUCUGAUGUACGACUUUGGUUUCACUAAUGGUCCUGUCAUCAUGGAGAGUAACUUAGCCAAACUCCAGAUCAACGAUGCUCGAUAUCAUGAGGUGUCUGUAAUCUAUCAUCACUCUAAGAAGAUCAUUCUGUUAGUGGACAGAAGCCAUGUUAAGUCCAUGGAAAAUGAAAAGAAACCCUUACCGUUCUCUGAUAUCUAUAUUGGAGGAGCUCCUUCUAGCAUUCUGCUUUCUAGGCCAGAGCUGUCAUCCCUGGUGGGACUGAAGGGUUGUGUAAAGGGCUUCCAGUUCCAGAAAAAUGUCUUCAAUCUCCUGGAGGAGCAGGGAACCAUUGGCAUCAGCAGUGGCUGUCCUGAGGAAUCGUUUAUGUCCCGUAAGGUGUAUUUCACGGGUGAUGGCUAUCUGGGCUCUACAGCUAAAAUCUCACCAUUCCAGUCUUUUGAAGGAGGACUAAACUUCAGAACACUACAGUCCAAUGGACUCCUAUUCUACCACAGAGAUGGGCUGGAUGAGUUUUCUCUCUCAGUGGAGAAUGGUGCUGUGGUGCUCCAGUCCAAAGGAACCAGAGUCAGAUCACAUAAGAAGAAUUAUAAUGAUGGACGAUCUCAUUUCUUAGUUGCCUCAGUCACCAAUCAGAAGUAUGAACUUGUCAUUGAUGACAAAGACAAGCAGGAUAAGAAGAAGCCGUCUUCCUCAUCUCAGUCGGAUAAUGUUCCAAAGACGUUCUACUAUGGAGGCUCUUCUACGAGUUCCAUACAGAAUUUUACUGGGUGCAUCAGUUAUGCAUACAUUAGCAGGCAGGAUAGAGAUAUAGAGCCAGAAGACUUCCAACGUUACAGUGAGAAUGUGCAGGUGUCGCUCCAGGACUGCCCACUAGAGAGACCCCCUGCUGCUCUGCACAAUAAAGACAGCAGAGAAUCAUCUAGAAGAAGUCCAGGACACUCCCGCAAGGUGGGCAGGGAUGAAUCUAGCCUGCCACAUGGCUUGAAGAACAAUCCUUUGGAUGCUCCGGAGACAGAGGUUGCUUCCUGUUACCUGUCCUCUCGCCCCCGAGUGACCCGCCAUGCCCACCACUAUGGCGGUUUUGCCCACAGCCGACAUGAGUACACAGGAAUUGCCAGUGUUAUCAGAGAUGAAUCUCACUUUUCUCUAUCGCUGAAAACUCAAUCAGCAUUCGGACUCAUCUUCUACCUGGCUGACGAGUCUGAGGAGAACUUCAUGGCUCUGUUCCUCACUCAUGGAAGGCUGGUAUUCACAUUCAGCUCGGGCCAGAACCAAGUCAGAAUCAGAUCCAAGGAGAAAUACAGUGAUGGACAGUGGCAUGAUAUAAUCUUUAUCAGAAGUGGAAAUACUGGCAGACUGAUAAUUGACGGGCUUACGGUACUAGAGGACAGAGCUCCAGGCGGAAACAUCUCACUGCUUGUCCAAGAUCCACUCUUUGUAGGUGGGGUGCCGCCUGAUCAGGCCAAGAAAAACAUUCAGAAGACGUCUGUGUCUGGCUUCUCUGGCUGUGUGCGGAGUCUCCAGCUGAAUGGCCGCUGGCUCACCUCUGCCUCCCACAGUUUUGGGGUCACACCCUGUUAUGAGGGCCCCUCUGAACCAGGGACAUACUUCACUGAGGAGGGAGGAUAUGUGUUGCUGGAUGACUCCUUUAAUUUUGGCUCAAGAUUUAAGAUGGUGAUAGAGGUGCGCCCUCGUGUGGCGUCAGGAGUGCUUCUGCAUGUCUUCACCGGAGAGAAGGAAUAUCUCACCCUGUACAUCUAUCAAAACCAGGUGGUUGUUGUGGUGAAUAAUGGUAUCCAUGAGUUCUCCACCUACGUGUCUCCUAGACAAGAAAUCUGUGAUGGAAACUGGCACAAAAUCACAGUGAUCAGAGAUGGUAACGUGGUGCAGCUGGAUGUGGAUUCAGAGGUGAAUCAUGUUGUGGGGCCUGUGCGUGAAACAGCACAGAACAGCAGCUCUCCAGUGUUUAUUGGAGGAGCCCCAGCCUCCAUGCUGCCUCACAGUCUCCACAGCAGGAGGGGCUACACGGGUUGCAUGAGGAACCUGUCUGUGAACGAGUCUCCUGUGAGCUUCAGUAAAGCAGCUUUGGUCAGCGGUGCAGUCGGUGUGGGCGCCUGUCCUGCUGCUUGAGCGACGGCAACAGAAAUCACUCUGUGUUAUUGCUUGUGUUUCAGUAAAGAAUGAAGCACCACUGUCACUGUCUCUUCAGCAUCAUUUAUAGCUACAGUAUUCUAUCACUAUGAAAUAUUUAAUUAAUUACUAAUGUACUGUAAUCCAGAGCACUGCAAGCAUUGUGUUAAACUGAUACAAAAAGAUCUUAAACUGAGGUAUAUAAUUACUAAAAACCUGAUACUUUAAACAAAUAUGCACAAAAUAUUAACAAAGCCAUACAGUACACAUGAAUAAAG